GGACACCAGUACCAAGCUGGGAGGCCGGGAUUGAUACUGGGACAGCGGGAUUGAUACUGGGAUUGAUACUGGGACAGCAGGACCACGACCGGGAUACUGGGAUCAACACCAGCGCCGAUACUGGGAUACUGGGACUGAGACUGGGACACCGGGACUGAGACUGGGAUGAAGACCAACAGGAUGCAGGUGGCCCCGGUGGCCCCGGUGGCCCUGGUGGCCCUGGCCUGGGUGGCCCUGGUGGGUGCUGGGCCACCAGUAAGAGGAGAGGUGGCCCAACUGGUGGCCGACUUCGGGCUGCGGCUCUUCCGGGAGGCGCUGAGACACCAGAAGGACACCAACGUCAUCUUCGCCCCCCACGGGGCCACCGCCGUCCUGGUGGCCCUCCAACUGGCCACCGCUGGGGACAGCCGGCACCAGCUGGAGGUGGCCAUGGGCUUCAGCGUCAACGGCACCAUCCUCUUCGUGGGACAAGUCACGGAGCCCUGA